AUGCAAUAUUCGCUGCCAUUCUUUGCAAAGCUACUCCUUUUCGUUUGCCUCAUCGUAUCGACCGUUGCCGAGUCCAUGACGCUUUCCGACGAUGUCCUACGGAAUAUUCCUUCGCCAGGCGACGACUUUGAUAUCAAGAAUGGCAAGCUGCUCGCUCCUAUUUUGAUCCCCCGUGUUCCCGGCACCGAGGGACAAGUGCGCACCCAAAAACACUUUGUCGACUUUUUCAAGAAGAACCUUCCCGAAUGGACUCUCGAAUGGCAGAAUUCCACGUCAAAGACUCCUGUUCAUGGAAAUAAACAGGUCCCCUUCUCCAACCUUGUUUUUCGAAGAGAUCCCCCUUGGGCGCAGAAGGGGGAUGUCAGUCGACUCACGCUGGUCGCACACUACGACAGCAAGUAUGAGCCAGAAGGUUUCAUUGGCGCAAUCGAUAGCGCUGCGCCAUGUGCUAUGCUCAUGCAUGUUGCGAGGAGUGUUGAAGAUGCGCUCAAGGCCAAGUGGAACAAGAUGCAAAAGGACGGCACCAUGGACGAUGGACUCGAAGAGACACAAGGCCUACAGAUCCUUUUCCUCGAUGGCGAAGAGGCUUUCAAGCAUUGGACAGAAGAGGACUCGCUUUACGGAGCUAGAUCGCUCGCUGCGGAUUGGGAAUCUCAGUUCCACGGCUCUCUAGCAACUUACAGAACCCCUCUUGACUCUAUCAGUCUAUUUGUUCUCCUUGACCUUCUUGGUUCUGCAGACCCUCAUAUUCCUUCCUACUUCCUCACCACACACUGGGCAUACCGUGCCAUGGCUAGCCUAGAGGAGCGCAUGCGAAAGCUUGGCGUUCUCGAGACCAAGCCCAAGGUCCCUUUUAUGCCAGAAGGCGACAAGUCUGCCAACCGUUUCACACGCAGCUUUAUCGACGACGACCAUCGACCCUUUAUGGAACGCGGUGUUGACAUCUUACAUCUUAUUCCGACGCCAUUCCCCGAUGUCUGGCAUGAGAUGACGGAUGAUGGCGAGCACCUCGACCUACCAACAGUGCGCGACUGGGCGAGAAUCACGACUGCGUUCGUGGUGGACUGGAUGGGGAUUCAAGACUUCAUGCCCAAGUUGGAAGGGACUAAGGCGAAGAGGAAUGGUGCGGCUGUGACAACUACAUCGAGUAAGAGGACAGAACUCUAA